ACAUGUAGCGGCCAUCUUCCGGGUCUCUAUAAAUACGUCACCACGAACAUCGGUUGCAUAGUUUGUCUAUUAUAACAGCUGAAAUCCUACCUCGGGUUAAAGGGCGCUGGUUUGUUGUGUAACGAAUGUGUACUGUGGCAGUUAGCAUGCUUAAGCUAAUUUCCUGUUUGUCUCAUUUAGCAUAGAAGAGAAGUAGCAGUUAGCUUAGCUUGCUAGCACCCGGCUUCAUACAUAGCGCAACCUCCAUUCUUCUCAGUGAAAACGUCUGACAGUCAUGGCCUCUGCUCCUCACAACUUCUCCUGGGUGGAUCAGGAUAAAGUGGCCGGCCUGGCGCUGCCCAGGAUGCCGGGUGAGUACCGCUACCUGCUGGAGAACAACAUCAAACACCUGGUGUGUCUGUGUGAGACGAAACCCCCGAACCACGACACCUGUCCGGAGCUGCAGCUGCACCACAUCAAGAUCCAGGACUUCACUCCUCCGUCUCCCGCUCAGAUCGACAGAUUCCUCUCCAUCGUGGAGGAGGCCAACGCCAAGGGGGAGGGCGUGGCGGUGCACUGCAUGCACGGCCACGGGAGGACGGGCACGAUGCUCGCCUGCUACCUGGUGAAGACCCGGAAGAUGUCGGGCAUCGACGCCAUCAACGAGAUCCGGAGAUUAAGAAGCGGAUCAAUCGAGACCAACGAGCAGGAGAAAGCUGUGGUGCAGUUUUACCAACGCACAAAGUAGAUCAAUACACCACGUAACAGAGGUAGCAAAGGUGAGACACUACAGGUGAAGAGAGACAUUAAACCAAACGGAUAUCACAACUUAAAUAUGCUAAUGAGGCAUUAAGUCAUGCUAACUUUUGGUGAAUUAGGACAAAUCUGCAGACACACGUGUGACCUGCUCAAUCAAAAUCAGUCACAUCGACCCCAAAACACAUUGUGUUACACACACUGUUUAAAAGAGGACAUUCUCAGCUUUCCCACGGUGUCCUUACUGUAGUUGUCCUUCAAAGUUAGCUGACUUUGUUUUUAGCCAUAGUUAUUUAAAAAGGGGGCUCAAGGCUUAAUAUUUUGGGGGCAUAGCACCAACACUAGAUCAGAGAUAUACUUUUAAUAUGAUAUAAAACAGAUGAAUAAGCAAACCUCCAGGCUUUAAGAAAUGUCCUUUUAUGACAUUUCUGCAUUAUAAUUAAAUAUGACUUUUGAAACUAUUAUCAAAAUAAUUUUAAAGUUGAUUUUCAGAGGUGAUCGCUGAAGUUGUCACCUUGUCGUUACAAGCUUAAAACACGUAUUUUUCUUCUGAACAUGGUCAUACAAGUUCCAUAUUCUGAAAGACAAGACUUUUUAUGUGUAAAAUCGACCAAAACACAAGUUUUUGACAUCAUUUCAAGAUUAUCCAUCAAUGCGACAUCCGACUGAUAUCGAUAGAGCGGGUCAAACAGAAAAAGUUAGUUAAAUAAACUCCUGAAUUUUCUCGUCUCAAAGAAGACGUUAUAGAUACAGAAUAAUCAAAAACCUGCAGUGUCUCGCCUUAAUAAUCAUUUUUACUAAAUAAAGACUUUAUAUCUAAGAAUAAGAAAAUACAGUUUAAACAGUUGAUAAUAAUUCAGCAAUAUUACACCCAGUAGCUAACACAAACAUUUCUACAGUAAACAUUAUAGGGUGUUAUAAUUGUCUCGUAGCUCAUCGCGUUAGGACUGUUCUGUUUGUGGUGAGGUUUCUGUUUACACUCUGAAACCUCGGGUUACGCGCUGGAGGCCAGAGAGAAGAGCCGCUGGCGCUCCUUAAAGGUGAGCUGCUCCGGAGCCGGCGCUCGCUUCACUUCCUCCUGGUUCCUGAGAGCAAACAGAAAUAUAUCAGCGGGAAUACUUGAAUUUAUUUAUGGGGGAAUCGCUUCAUGCAAGGGGACACAAACGGGAGCCUGUACUGUCUUUAAAAUAUACUUAUAGUUCAUGUUUUACUCAGGGAUCAAGAUUAAAACGCUAUAAUGUCUACGGAAAAGUAGAUUAGACUGAAUUUAGGAGCUUGGUGUGAGAUUAGCUUCAUUACACAUUCAUCUGAUGGUUAUUUUCCGCAUUGAAUGUUUAUGAGAUGGUAAAAAAGUCCAGUUCAGUUUCUCUAAUGCCAAAACUCUAAUAUAUUCACUUAAAUAUGACGUUAAAGCUUAAAAAUGAAGCAAAUCUUAAUAUUUAAGAGGCUCAAAAUGACAUUGUAUGACAUUUCUGCAUGAAAAUGUAUUCUUUAAACUAUUAUCAAUAGUUUUUGAUGUGAUAACUUGUGCUUGAGUAGAAAUUCAGCGUUAACUGUUAGAUUUCAUUAAAUGCCAAAGAAGUUUGAACUCACUGUUUCGCUGCCACGUUGUCAACGUCUCGCCUCAACGCGUUCUUUUGUUCUGCAAAAAAGCAUUAAAAUGUUGCACUGUACGAUAAAGCCUUGAUAACACUCUUCUGAAUAAAUUAAAUUAAU